AUGGCUCCCAAGACAAAGGCUGUUGCUGCUGCAGCUCCUCCACCGCACGGCUACGAAUUCUUUGGCCCGAUCGGUGCGGCGGGCAUCUCGUUUGGCCUGCCCAUUCUCUGCUACAUCUUCACUUUCGCGUGCAACGACAUCUCGGGCUGCCCCGCGCCCUCGCUCCUCAGCCCCACGACGCUCUCGAUCGAACAGCUCAAGCGCGAGGUCGGCUGGCCCCAGGAUGGCAUCUACGGCCUCGCCAGCUGGCGGGCCAGCGCCGCCAUGGCCGCCUAUUACCUCUUCAACCUGAUACUCUACCGCAUCCUGCCAGCCACCGAGACCAAGGGCGCCGUGCUCGUUACUGGUGGUCGUCUCAUCUACCGUCUGAACACGCUGUACUCCAACACGCUUACCCUGUCGCUUCUCGCCGCCGGAACCUUGGCGCAAGGUGCAGAAUUUCCUGUCUGGGUCUUUAUCAGCGAAAACUACCUUCAGCUUCUCACAGCCAGUAUCAUCAUCUCAUACGCCAUCGCGACGUUUGUGUAUGUCCGCAGCUUCAGCGUCAAGGCUGCCAACACGGAGAACCGCGAGCUAGCCGCUGGCGGCCACACCGGCAACCUCUUGUACGACUGGUUCAUUGGCCGCGAGCUCAAUCCUCGCGUCACCAUUCCCCUCAUUGGCGAGGUUGACAUCAAGGAGUGGUGCGAGCUUCGCCCUGGCAUGAUGGGCUGGAUCAUUCUCAACUGCGCUUGGUGCGCCCAGCAGUACCGCAACUACGGCUUCGUUACCGACAGCAUCGUAUGCAUCACUGUCGUUCAAGCUCUAUACAUUUUCGACUCAUGGUGGUUCGAGUCGGCCAUCCUCACAACCAUGGACAUCACCACUGAUGGCUUUGGCAUGAUGCUUGCCUUCGGUGAUCUCGUCUGGGUUCCGUUUGUGUACUCGCAGCAGACUCGCUACCUAUCUCUUCACCCGCUGUCUCUUGGCCCUGUUGGACUGGCAGCCAUGCUUUCCUUGAUUGGGCUCGGCUUCUUCGUCUUCCGCUCCGCCAACAGCCAGAAGAACACUUUCCGCACCAACCCCAGCGACCCAAGCGUCGCCCAUCUCAAGUACAUUCAGACGAAGACGGGCAGCAAGCUUCUCACUACCGGCUGGUGGGGUGUUUCUCGCCACAUCAACUAUCUGGGAGACUGGAUUCAGUCCUGGCCCUACUGCCUUCCCACUGGACUUGCCGGCUACCAGAUCAUGGCCGCCGGCAGCCUGGUUGAGGACUCUGUUGGUGCUUUCGUCAUGUCCGAUGGCCGCCAGGUCAUUCAGGGCAAUGCCAAGGGUUGGGCCAUUCCCAUUACCUACUUCUAUGUAGUGUAUUUUGCCGUGCUCCUGAUCCACCGCGAGCGCCGAGAUGAUGAAAAGUGCCACCGCAAGUAUGGAGACGACUGGGUAAAGUACAAGGAGGCUGUACGUUGGAGAAUCAUUCCCGGCAUCUACUAA